AUGGCGGACCCAAACAAUAUCUCGCAGUACAAGUACUCGGCGAUGUCCAACCUGGUCCUCCAGGCGGACCGCCGUUUCGUCUCCCGCAUCCAGGAUGAACCCACCGGAGAUCCAGAAUCCCUCGCCGGCCGCAUUGGUAUUAGAGAAAUGGGCUCGCGGGUAGCACCUGAAAACGCCCCGCAGACGAAGAAGAAGGCCACCGGGCCCGUCAAUAUCGAGCGAGGCGCGAUUCGGGAAGGAGAGGACGUGCUUGCACGAGAACAGAGGAAGCUACAGAAAGGACAACCAGCUCAGGCACGGGGGCAAGGGAUUCUCUCCACGGCUGAUGCGCUUGUCGAGGGUUUGAAGUACCGCCCACGAACACCGGCUACGCGUGCGACGUACGAUCUUAUCCUCACCAUGACCGCCAGCCACCUAGGUGAUGUUCCGCAUGAGGUGGUGAGAAGCGCGGCGGAUGCUGUGCUGGAGUACCUCAAGGAUGAGGAUAUGAAGGAUUUCGAUAAGAAGAAGGAAAUUGAUGACUUGCUGGGGAGCUCGAUGAAUCCCAAGGAGUUCAACGAGCUGGUCAACCUGGGCAAGAAAAUCACAGAUUAUGAUGCUCAAGAUGAGGAUGAAGAGAUGGAAGGUAGUCUGGAAGGCGAAGCUGGUGGGGAACUGGAUGAACGACAGGGUGUCGCUGUCGUCUUCGACGAGGAGGAUGAAGAUGAGGACCGUAUGGGCACCGAAGUUCGCGACGAGGACGAAUUAACAGACGACGAAGAAGAGGAAAAACCAGAGGGUGAAGAUGCUACAGAGAGACCUGACCUUGAAGGUCUCGAUGACGAGGCAGAGGAAAUGGUCAUUGACGGUGGCGCUGGCCGUGAUGAGAAGACCCGCGAGAACAUGAUGACUAUACCCGCCCGCGAGAUCGACGCAUAUUGGCUUCAGCGUCAGAUUGGUAGUGUCUACUCGGAUGCCCAUAUUCAGCAAGAGAAGGCUCGGGAUGCACUCGAGAUUCUCGGUGGCCAAGGCGAGGACGGCGCAGAGCGACCGCUUCGUGACGUUGAAAAUGACUUGAUGGAGUUGUUCGACUACGAGAACCCCGAACUUGUCGCCAAACUUGUGACGAACCGUGACAAGGUCGUCUGGGUCACACGCUGGAGGAGAGUUGCCGAAGAUGCAGAUGCUCGCAAUGAAGUCGAAAGUGAAAUGGUUGGAGCAGGGCAUCGUGCUAUUCUGGACGAGAUCCGGGGCAAGCCUACCCGUGAAGAGGGUGCUGGUCGACCCGAGAAGAAGAUCAAGCUUGAUCUGAUGGACGUCGAUGUCCCGAGAGGUGCACCGGAAGAGAAGGCUGAAGAACCCACAGGGCCUCUGCAGCCGAAGAGACUUAUCAACUUGGAGAAUCUCGUUUUCCACCAGGGUAAUCACUUGAUGACCAACCCGAAUGUUAAGCUGCCUCAGGGCUCCACCAAGCGGACAUUCAAGGGGUACGAAGAAAUCCACGUCCCGCCACCAAAGGCCAAGAGAGAACCUGGUGAAAAGAACACUCCGACUUCAGAACUUCCUGAGUGGGCACGCGUUGGAUUUGGUAGCUCGAAAGAGCUCAACCGCAUACAGACCAUCUGUUAUCCGACGGCAUUUAAAGAUGAUGGCAACAUGCUUGUCUGUGCACCGACUGGAUCAGGAAAGACAAACGUCGCUAUGCUCACUAUUUUACGCGAAAUUGGCAAGAACCGCAACCCAGAGACCGGCGAAAUCAUGCUCGAUGACUUCAAGAUUGUCUACAUCUCUCCUCUGAAGGCCCUCGUCCAGGAACAAGUGGGCAACCUUGGAAAGCGACUUGAACCCUACGGAAUCCGGGUGGCAGAACUUACUGGUGACCGCCAGUUGACAAAACAGCAGAUCGCGGAUACCCAGAUCAUUGUCACCACUCCCGAGAAAUUCGACGUCAUCACAAGAAAGGGAUCAGAAACCAGCUACACCAACCUUGUCCGUCUCAUCAUCAUUGAUGAAAUUCAUCUUCUGCACGAUGAGCGUGGUCCUGUCAUUGAAAGUCUUGUGAGCAGAACUAUUCGUAAGGUGGAGGCGACCGGUGACCCUGUUCGUGUUGUCGGUCUCAGUGCCACACUGCCAAACUACCGUGAUGUCGCUAGCUUCUUGCGUGUGGAUCCCCUCAAGGGCAUGUUCCACUUCGACGGCUCUUACAGACCUUGUCCGUUGAAGCAAGAGUUCAUUGGUGUCACCGAUAAGAAGGCUAUCAAGCAGCUGAAGACAAUGAACGACAUAUGUUACAACAAGGUUCUGGAGCAGGUUGGGCAGCGCAGGAAUCAGAUGCUGAUCUUCGUGCACUCUCGUAAGGAGACUGCCAAAACGGCCAAGUACAUCCGGGACAAGGCUCUGGAGAUGGAGACCAUCGGCCAGAUUCUUCGCAGUGAUGCUGCCAGCAGGGCUAUCUUGUCUGAGGAAGCCGAGUCUGUUGACGACCCAUCUCUGAAGGACCUCCUGCCGUACGGACUUGGUAUCCACCACGCUGGUCUGAGUCUUGCAGACCGUGACUCCGUCCAGGCUCUCUUUGCCGAUGGCAGUAUCCAAGUUCUUGUCUGUACCGCCACUCUUGCCUGGGGUGUUAACCUCCCCGCACACACGGUCAUCAUCAAGGGAACUCAGAUCUACUCGCCUGAAAAGGGUAGUUGGGUUGAGUUGAGUCCUCAGGAUGUUCUGCAGAUGCUGGGACGUGCUGGUCGGCCGCAGUACGAUACCUUUGGUGAGGGUAUCAUUAUCACCGCGCAGUCCGAAAUUCAGUACUACCUCUCCCUCAUGAACCAGCAAUUGCCCAUUGAGAGUCAGUUGAUGAGCAAGCUGGCAGACAACAUGAACGCUGAAAUUGUUCUCGGGAAUAUCCGUGACCGCGACGAGGGUGUUCAAUGGCUUGGUUACACUUACUUGUUCGUCCGGAUGCUUCGUUCGCCUGGUUUGUACAGUGUCGGUGCUGACUACGAGAACGAUGACGCAUUGUUGCAAAAGCGUGUUGACCUUGUCCACUCGGCUGCUGUUAUCCUGGAGAGAGCCGGUUUGGUCAAAUACGAGAAGAAGACUGGACGCCUACAACCUACGGAACUUGGACGGAUCUCUUCGCAUUACUACAUCGGCCACAACUCCAUGUUGACGUACUCUCAACACAUCCAACCCUCCAUCUCCAACAUUGAGCUUUUCCGCAUCUUCGCUCUCAGUGAUGAAUUCAAGUACAUUCCCGUCCGUCAAGAUGAGAAGCUUGAAUUGGCCAAGUUGCUGGGCCGUGUGCCUAUUCCCGUCAAGGAGGGAAUUGACGAGCCCCACUCGAAAGUCAACGUCCUUCUGCAGGCUUACAUUUCGAGACUCAAGCUGGAGGGUCUUGCAUUGAUGGCGGACAUGGUCUAUGUUACACAGUCUGCUGGUCGUAUUAUCCGGGCCGUUUUCGAGAUUGCCUUGAAGAAGGGUUGGUCUUCAGUGGCCAAGAAUGCUCUUGAUCUGUGCAAGAUGGCUGAGAAGCGCAUGUGGCCAACAAUGUCGCCUCUCCGCCAGUUCCCCAACUGCCCGAGAGAUGUCUUGCAGAAGGCCGAACGUAUUGAUGUACCGUGGUCCAGCUAUUUCGACCUCGAUCCUCCGCGUAUGGGUGAACUGCUUGGCAUGCCUAAGGCGGGACGUGUCGUCUGCGACCUUGUCUCAAAGUUCCCUCGUCUGGAGGUUCAGGCCCAGGUACAGCCCAUCACUCGCUCGAUGCUGCGCGUUGAGUUAACAAUUACGCCUAACUUCGUCUGGGAUGAAGCUAUCCAUGGACAUGCCCAGGACUUCUGGAUUCUGGUCGAGGACUGCGAUGGUGAGGACAUUUUGUUCCACGAUCAGUUCGUUCUCCGGAAGGACUACGCGCAAUCCGAAGUGAACGAGCACCUUGUUGAAUUCACGGUGCCGAUCACCGAGCCGAUGCCGCCCAACUACUUCAUCACUUUGGUUUCUGAUCGGUGGAUGCACGCAGAGACCAAGAUUGCUGUGUCUUUCCAGAAACUCAUCCUCCCCGAACGAUUCCCGCCUCACACUCCCGUCUUGGACAUGCAGCGAGCCCCCGUCAAGGCAUUGAAGCGCGAAGACUACCAGAAGCUGUACCCUGACUGGCAAUACUUCAACAAGAUUCAGACCCAAACGUUCAAGUCGCUUUUUGAUUCGGACGAGAAUGCUUUUAUUGGUUCUCCUACCGGAAGUGGUAAAACUGUCUGCGCUGAGCUUGCAUUGCUUCGCCACUGGAACCGAGAGGACGCUGGCCGGGCGGUUUAUGUUGCCCCCUUCCAAGAGUUGGUGGAUCUGCGACACGCAGACUGGGAGAAGCGAUUUAGCAGCCUUGCUGGUGGUAAAAACGUUGUCAGGCUGACUGGAGAGACCACGGCCGAUCUCAGGCUCCUGGAGCAGGCAGACUUGGUUUUAGCAACUCCUACCCAGUGGGACAUCCUGUCACGACAAUGGCGGCGACGAAAAAACGUACAGACCGUGCAGCUGUUCAUCGCUGAUGAAUUGCACAUGCUUGGUGGCUAUGGCGGAUACGUGUACGAAGUGGUUGUCUCCCGUAUGCACUCGAUUGCGGUCCAGAUUGAGAACGGUAUGCGUCUCAUCGGUCUGAGUGUACCUCUUGCCAACGCGCGCGACAUUGGAGAGUGGAUUGGCGCCAACAAGCACACGAUCUACAAUUUCAGCCCGCACGCCCGGCCUGUGCCGCUGGAGCUCCACAUCCAGUCGUUCAACAUCCCUCAUUUCCCCUCACUCAUGCUCAAUAUGGCGAAGCCAGCAUACCAGUCGAUCUUGCAACUGUCGCCCAACAAGCCUGCGCUGAUCUUUGUCCCGAACCGUAAACAGACACGGUCUAGCGCAAUGGACAUCCUGGGCGCUUGUGCUGCCGAUGAAGAUGAGGACCGGUUCCUGAACGCUGAUGUUAAUGAAUUGGCUCCCCUUCUCAACCGCAUCAAUGAACGGACUCUCGCGGAGUCACUCUCUCAUGGUAUCGGUUACUACCACGAGGCUCUCACCCCGACCGACAAGAAGAUCGUGUCGCAUUUGUUCGCGAUUGGUGCUAUCCAAGUGCUUCUCGCGUCGCGGGAUGUUUGCUGGGAGCUGGACCUGACUGCCCAUUUGGUCAUUGUGAUGGGCACUCAGUUCUUCGAAGGUCGGGAGCACCGUUACAUUGACUAUCCAAUUAGCGAGAUCCUCCAGAUGUUUGGGAAGGCAUCUCGCCCCGGCGAGGACAAGAUUGGUCGGGGUGUAUUGAUGGUUCCGGGUGUAAAGCGUGACUACUACAAGAAGUUCCUCAAUGAAGCGCUUCCCGUGGAGAGUCAUCUGCAGAUCUAUCUGCACGAUGCAUUUGUCACGGAGGUUAGCACCAAGGCAAUUGCUUCCACUCAGGACGCGAUCGACUGGAUGACCUACACAUACUUCUACCGCCGUCUCCUUGCUAACCCCAGCUUCUACGGUCUCAGCGACGUCAGCCACGUUGGUCUGAGCACGUUCAUGUCUGAAUUGGUCGAGAACACACUGAAGGAGCUGUCCGAGGCCAAGAUCAUCGAUCUGGACGAGGAAGACGACAGCGUCUCGCCACUAAACGCCGCCAUGAUCGGGGCGUACUACAACAUCUCGUUCAUCACUAUGCAGACCUUCCUCCUUUCGCUGUCAGCCCGCACAAAGCUCAAGGGUAUUCUGGAGAUUGUCACUUCUGCGACGGAAUUCGAGUCGAUCCAAAUGCGUCGUCAUGAAAACCAUAUCCUGCGUCGGGUGUACGACCGCAUUCCUGUGAAAAUGUCCCAGGUCUCAUACGACUCGCCGCACUUCAAGGCCUUUGUUCUGCUUCAGGCCCACUUCUCUCGCAUGCAGCUGCCUAUUGAUCUUGCCAAGGAUCAGGAGGUUAUUGUAAACAAGAUUCUUAACUUGCUCAGUGCUUGUGUCGAUGUUCUCUCGUCUGAGGGUCACCUCAAUGCGAUGAACGCAAUGGAGAUGUCGCAGAUGGUUGUCCAGGCUAUGUGGGAUCGGGAUAGCCCGCUUAAGCAGAUUCCUCACUUUGGUCCCGAGGUUGUUAAGGUGGCCAAUGAGUUUGGUAUCAACGACAUCUUCGAGUUCAUGGAAGCAAUGGACCCCUCUGAGAACAAGGACUACGCCUCACUGGUCAAACGCCUGGGUCUCGACAACAAGCAACUCGCCCAAGCCGCCGCCUUCACCAAUGAUAAGUACCCCAAUCUCGACCUCGACUUCCAGGUCGAAGACCCCGAGAAUGUCACCUCCGGCGAACCCGCCUACCUCAAGAUCAAGGUCGAGCGCGAAGUCGAAGAGGACGAAGAACCAGACGCUACCGUCCACGCACCCUUCUACUCCAACCGCAAGAUGGAGAAUUGGUGGCUUGUCGUGGGUGAGGAGAAGACCAAGAGUCUGCUGGCUAUCAAGCGGGUUACCAUUGGGCGGAAGUUGGAUCUACGUCUGGAAUAUGUUGUGCCUUCGCCGGGUGAGCAUGAGUUGACGCUGUACUUGAUGAGUGAUAGUUAUGUGGGUGUUGACCAGGCACCUACGUUUACUGUCACGGCGGCUGAGGGGAUGGAGGAGGAUGAGAGUGAGGAAGAGGAAGAGUAA